GGUCAGAUAUUUUCUGCCAAGAACCACCGUAUCUACCUCCUGGGCAAUCCUGUCAUCUUCUGGGGACUGCUUGUUAUCAAGGCCUUGUUCCUCGUGUUCUUCGUUAUACACAGGAUAAAGUUAAAGCGUGGUAUUCAAGUACCUGAGCCUAUCAAAGUGUACAAUGAGAAGAUGUUCCGGGCGUGCUGGUGGCUGCUGCUGGGCUGGGGGCUGCACUACCUGCCCUUCUGGGGCAUGGGCCGCGUCCUGUACUUCCACCACUACUUCCCCGCCUUCCUGUUCAGCGCCAUGUUCGGAGGUGUGAUGCUGGACUACCUGAUCACCCGAUUCUGUCUGACACUGCCGGAGAACUGGGCGGUGAAAGUAUUCCCCUGGCUGCUGGUGUUAAUCAUCUUUGUGCUGGUUGGCAGUUUUUACCUGUUCUACCCCCUGACGUUCGGCACAUCUGGUCCAAUGGCCAGUGAAGAAGGGUCCGUGAUGAGUGGCCUCAAGUGGAUGGACUCAUGGGACAUAUGAAAGAUGGUUGUGUGAUGUACGAAAGUUUCCUGAGUCCGAUUGAUGGUGUUGGCAGAGGGUAUCCUCCAAGCCAUUGCUGCAAUACAAGAUAAACCUGCCAGCAUAUUACAUUUACAAAACAAAUUGUCAUUCAACCAUCGUCAUCAUCAACGUGGUCCAACUUGAUAUUAUAUUUUCUUGAGCCUAAGGUCCUUUACAUGUUUUUGUGUGAACCAUACUGGAGUUCGGAAUGACAAUACUGGUCAUUUAUUUACAAAAUACUUAUUCUGUGUAGUUUUACUAUUUUAAUGGUUUUGUUAUUUUUUACAGAUUUUAUGAUCUGGUAUUUUGUACAUUUAACCUUAAGCAAACCUUAUACGGAAGUCAUUGAAUCCUCAAGUAACAGAUCAGUUCAGUUUGUUUUGUUUCCACCGUUCUCGUUCGGACAACAGUGGGAAAAUGGCAGCUGUGAUGAAGUGAUGUAGGAGUGAGUGAGUGAGUUUGGUUUUACGCCGCUUUUAGCAAUAUUCCAGCUAUAUCACG